UUUCUACUACGCCAUAGCUGGUAAUGUUUACAUACAAAGCUAGCUUGGGUACGUACGUUGUACGGUGACGCAUAGCGUGACAUACACGUAGUAAGAUCCAUGCGUGUAUUUCACACUAGAAAACGAGUGUAAACACAGAACUCAAAGCACUGUCGCAUGGAUCAUAGCCAACUAAACGCGUUCAUGGCUCUCAACUUAGAUGAUUAGUUCGUUCUACCGAAGCGAUCAAGAAACAUCAACCGUGCCAGAAAUCUUUGCUGGCUUCUGUUUUUCUGGGGUGUACUCUUGGUGCAUGCCAUGAGUGCUUGGCGAUUACGCUCCGAUAUGUCGGUGGAUGAGUUUCACCCCUUCAUUGAGGCUGUGCUGCCUUAUGUCAAAUCGUUCUCCUACAUAUGGUUCAACCUGCAAGCGCGGAAGCGCAAGUACCUGAAGAAGCAUGAGAAACGCAUGUCGGCACUAGAAGAGAGGCAGGUCAAAGAAGAGCUUGCCAAUGACAAGCCCGAGGUCAAGCAAAAGUGGGCGUCUCGUCUGCUGGCUAAACUGCGCAAAGACAUCAGGCCCGAGUGUCGGGAGGACUUUGUUCUCACUGUUACAGGCAAGAAGACCCCCAUGUGCAUACUGAGUAACCCGGACCAAAAGGGUAAAAUUCGACGCAUUGACUGCCUGCGUCAGGCUGACAAGGUCUGGCGCUUAGACCUGGUGAUGGUGGUGCUCUUCAAGGCUAUACCUUUGGAGAGCACCGAUGGUGAGAGGUUGGUCAAGUCUAUGAACUGUUCCAAUCCUGUACUGUGUGUCCAGCCACACCACAUUAGUGUCAGCAUCCGAGAGUUGGAUCUGUUCCUUGCAACCUUCAUUGUGCAAUCUCCAGAGCGGGCACUGAGUGAUUCUGGGGACAGCAUGUCAGUCAAAAGUGGCAGUGAACCAGAUUGGCAGAAUCCAUUAACAAUUGUAACUGCCCAAGAAGAGCCGAAUAGUUUUGCCACCAGCGGAGUUUUCUCUUCCAAUGAAUUGAGAAGACUUACGCAAGGGUCAAUCUGUGACGGCGCCUCGACCACCUUACCACUGAGUGAUCUAGAGAGUCCUACAUACUUCCAGUAUGCCCCGGAUGUCACACAACCACUUGCCACCCGCCGCCACAUCCAACCAAACCAUCCAAUCACCAAGCGAAUCAAGCGUAACUCCAGCACCAUGUCCUCAGCUGAUGAUGACGUGGAUAGUGUCGGGGAAGACACAGAGAAUCUGAACUUCUAUGGCCGGUCUCCGGCCUCUCUGAGCAGCCAAUCUGGUAGUUGGCACAGUGACAUAGACCCUGGCUCAAGUCCUGUUGUCCCGUCCAGCCUAGCCCUAGUUGGUCACAAACCCAAGAUCUCAGAGGCAGCCAGCAGUUUUGCUACCCAGUCCUCUCCAGUAACCAGGAGAAUCCUCAAAAUUGAACCAAAGAUUGAAGGAGAUGGAGGAAUGUCUUCAUGCUCCCUACAUCAGGGACUGUCCCACGUUAGCCAGGCAAACGAGUAUAAGGGUCAGAUACAAGGAACGAUGGCGUCUUUCACGGGUCCGUCCUUAGCACAGACCCCUCAUUACUCUAACCAGCUGAGGUUACACUCCCAGCAUCCUGACUCUGGCCCACUAUCGGACUUUGUUCAGCUUGUGUGCCACCAAGAUGCCUACCAGCAGCAAAUAAAAAGUAGUGCAGUCAGCAACACAAGUAGCCCCACCAAGAUAGCUGGCUUCAUCCCAACGGCAAUGCUUCCACCACCCCCUCCCCCUCCAAUGGCACGACCAGUUGCCAUAGCCACCGCCAUCGGCCAAACUGGUGCCCUGUCCAGUGUGACCAGUCAAACCAGCGUUCCUAAUUCAACUAGUGCUCAAGUCUCCUCUUCAUCACUAGCGUCUUCAUCCUGUACACCCUCAUCGUCCAGUUCCAGUUCAGCUGCCGUCUCCUCCUAUCCGACCACACCCCCUGUAAGUAGGAGCAUCAUGACGAGUCCCUUCACCGUCCUGGGUACCAGUAGGCCCGAUAACGGCCUGGUCCAUGCCCAUCAACAACAGGUGCUGUCCUACCCCAGUAUCAGUCCUAUCAAUAUCAGUCCAACAACGAUUGGAUUUCUUACCUCCCCGGUGGCCACACCCAGAUCUACACCUCGAUCGACACCCAUCCCACGUUGGACGACACCCCUGAUUUCACUCGAUGAGAAUACAGAUUAUACCAUGCUGUCUGGUUUAAUAGCAGCUGCAACCAGUGAGGAAGCAUUCCUCAGCUGUGGGGAGAGAUUUUUGCCCGUCAACCUCACAGCGGAACCGAUGGAGACUGCUAGUAAUGCCGUCACACCCACAGUGAGUAAAUGAGACAAGCAACUAGAGUGACAGUUCUCGGUAUCGGAAACAAACAAGGACAGUUUGCUUCCAACUGAGUCAUAAAUCUGGAGUGAAGUCAGGCGGCUUGGAGUGACAAUGAAACGGUGUUGAAGUCACAUACUUUAAGUACAAGGCAUGUUUAUUGUAUGUGUCUGAGACCAGUAAAACAUUGUUGUUGGAUACAAAUGCCAACCAAUUGGAACUUACUAAUGAGGGUACCUACAUGUACCCCUGAAGUACUACAACAUUGGUAUGCACGGCUUGGAUGGCAGCUUCUGUGUAGCUGACUGACUGCAGAGAACUCCAUAGACCCAAACAUGUGUCAUGUCAGCAAAACAUGAUCCAUGAAGUGAUAUAUCAUUCUUUGCUGACUCCGCUUACUGCAAUGCUUACAAGCUGGAAACUCCAACAACAACGUUCGCCUUCUGAUACUGACAUCAAGACAUCUGCAAUGUUGCAUCUUUUACAGGAUUGGCAUACUGCCCAGUCUUCCUCAAUUUGUGCUGUGAAGUUUUGUUUUGUGGUAUAUAUUCAGGGGAAAUUUUUGUUUUGUAAGAUAAGAAAAAAAAAUGCAUGCUGAAGUGCCCUAUUGAGAUAUAUUUAUAAUAUUAUGAAUAAUAUUGUAUUCUGUACAGUCCCUGUGUUUGAAAUGCUUUAAAAGCUUAUGUUUUAUGUAUUAUUUUUUUGUUUGUUUGAGAGAGAGACAUUUAAUUUUUUUUGUUUUAAUCAGAGCUUUUUCUUAUCGCAAUUCUAGCUUAUUGCAUCUCAAUAUAGAUUUUUUUUAUCAUUGUAUCCCAUAUGACUCUGAAAUUGAAUGAAAAGCCAAAAUGUGCUUUCUAAGGGUAUUGUGAUAUAAAGGCUAUAAUGUUUUUACUGAUAUGGUACAUAUCAUUGAAUUUGUUUUUAGUCAUUUCAUUAUUUAAAAAUCUUGAAAUAUGAAGGAA